AUGGCCCAAACCGACAGCGAAAUAACCAAUAGUCGCACUGUGUUGGGAGCCCCUUUGCGUAGACCAAUUUGGACAGCGCCAGGCUGUUUCUGCUAUGAAGGGCGUGAAAAUGUCCCACCUGUUCGGAUGUGUGACUAUGAACGUAUAUUCGAAGGGCAUAGACAAGCAUCAGAAGAGCUAUUAGGUUCCUACAACACCAUUCUGCGCGAAUGGGAGUCGGAGAAACGGUCGUUGGAGACUAUUCUCAAGGAACUCAGUACGGAAUACAAGAACCUGGAAAGGAAAGAACUCGACAAAACUGCUCAGAUUUGCUCCCUAAAGAGAGAGCUGCACUGGUAUCGAGAGAUCAAAAUAAAUGUGGCAUAUGUCUCAACAUCCUCUCAGAUCCACGAAUGUGAGCUCAUGUCCAAAAUAAAGGAACCCAAUUCUGACACUCCACAUAACAGUAGUCUAGAGAUCGUGUUCGAAGGAGUCACUGCCAUGAAACAGAAAAAGAAAAUUGAAAUAUCGCUGUGGAUUCGGAUCCUUCUCGACGUAGAGGAUCACCAAGAUCCUUUCCUUGUGACAGCUUAUUGGCCAUA